CACCCCGCGCUCCCGCCGCCCCGCCGGGCCGGGAGGAGGGUUUCCAUGGUGACGGCAAACAAGGCCCAGUCAGGAGAAGGUGCCGCCACCGGGGCUGCCACCCGCACCGCCGCCAUGAUCCCCCCAGCCGACUCUCUGCUCAAAUACGACACCCCGGUGUUGGUGAGCCGGAACACGGAGAAACGGAGCCCCAAAGCUCGGCCCCUCAAGGCCAGUUCCCAGCAGCCUGGACCCUCCAGUCCAAUCCCACAGACAACCAAGACCAAGCUCCCCACCACAUCCUGCGUUCCCGAUCCUACAAAGCAGGCAGAGGAAAUCCUGAAUGCCAUUCUGCCCCCCAGGGAGUGGGUGGAAGACACGCAGCUAUGGAUCCAGCAGGUGUCCAGCACCCCCAGCACCAGGAUGGACGUGGUGCACCUCCAGGAGCAGCUGGACUUGAAGCUGCAGCAGCGGCAGGCCAGGGAAACGGGCAUCUGCCCAGUCCGCAGGGAGCUCUAUUCGCAGUGCUUUGACGAACUCAUCCGGGAGGUCACCAUCAACUGUGCCGAGAGGGGGCUCUUGCUGCUGCGAGUCCGGGACGAGAUCCGCAUGACCAUCGCAGCCUACCAGACCCUGUACGAGAGCAGCGUGGCCUUUGGCAUGAGGAAGGCACUGCAGGCCGAACAGGGGAAGUCAGACAUGGAGAGGAGAAUUGCAGAACUGGAGGCUGAAAAGAAAGAUCUGGAGAGGCAAGUAAAUGAGCAGAAGGCUAAAUGUGAGGCCAUUGAGAAGCGAGAGAGUGAAAAGCGCCAGGUGGAGGAGAAGAAACACAAUGAGGAGAUUCAGUUCCUAAAGCGGACGAACCAGCAGCUGAAGGCCCAACUGGAAGGCAUUAUUGCACCAAAGAAGUGAUCAUUUCCAUAUGGGCCUCAGCAAGCAUGACGACUCGGUCAUAAGCCCUUGGUAAUAAAAAGCUAGUUUCCUGAGUGAACAAGCCAUCCCCUUCCCUGAUCACCACCUACAUGUGCCAACAGCCACCUGAGGUCUGGCAGGAGGCUCCCAGUUGGGCAAUGGAAGGUGGCGUAGCCAAGUCUCCGAAUGUGGCUUACUCACCAACCUUGGUCUUUGCCAACUCAAACAGCAAGACUCUGAAAAGUAACUGCUCCCCUCUGCCAGGACUAACUUCUGGCCAAAUGAAGCCAUCUCUCUGUCCCUCGAAGUCUGGGUUUAUGAAGCACCUGCAGCCCUACCGUGGCAUGCCUGGUCUCAGGCCUUCCCUCACUGCGUGUCGGAACAUAGCCAGUAACUCAUGUUGGAGCUUUGCUUUUAUCCUGGAGCAUCUUCUCCCCAUCUACCCAGUCCGAUGGCCCCCUCCUCCUCAGGUUCAGACUGCCCAGGUGAGGGAACACCCAGAGGCCAGCCUGCAGCUUUGGAGGAAGAACACGUUUGCUGGAAGGGAAGCCAGGCCAAACGUCCCUGUGGUCCGUGUGUCCCCAAGCGCCUCCUCCACCAGACACAGAACUUGGCCCCCUUGCUCGGCACAGCUCAGACCCCAGCUCGUCUAAUCCAUGGAGAGGGGGCCAAAUCUCAAUCACGGUUCUUGUUCCUAAUGAUCAGACCAGGCCCUGUAGACCUAAGGUAAAACACAGGGAAGCCGCAGACACUUUUAGUAUGGCACUCAGAAGACUGAAUUAGUGGCAAAAACUUGCAAUUUUGGGCAGACCAGGGUGGCAAGCUGGGCGACUCUCCUCCGAAGCUGACCAGCAGUGUUAGCUAAGAAAUCACUCCCAAUUCCCCUGGCCUCCAGUACCUGGCAUCCCCUUGAGUCCGAAGAGCCUUCCUCCUCUUGGCAGAGCUCUGAUCUGACACCUCUCCUGCUCAGGGUUUCACGGCUGCUUGCCAGAGCGAGAGCCUCAUAAGAGGAGCAGUGCUCCCUGCAGCCAGAAGCCACCCCACUCACUCACAUCUGGAACGUGCCGUCCCAGCUCUUCCCCUGGGCAGGUGCUGGAAGACCACAAGGCUCCAGGGUCAUGACCUGCCUGUGCUGUCACUCCACAAGAAGCCAAUGGGGCCACCUGGUAGGCUCCAUGAGGGGCAGAAUUUGCUGGAGCUUUUCCCUUACACAUGAAAGGCCAGGCUGUCCACCAACACCUGUGCCAUGCUCUUCUUCGGUUCCAGACGGCUAACUCCCGGCACAAAAGGCCACUUCCUGCCUUGCACUCCCACCUCCUGGCUUUGCCAGAUGCUUUAUGGAGUGGGACUUCAGUAAGGAACCGAGAGGGCCACCUGAAGCAGGAGUGCCAAUGGACUUGAACCUGAAACCUGGAGGCAGGAGGGAGCUUUCCACUGUCUUCACUAGCUCUGAUUGAUGGCCUCACAGGUAGACCUCAAACAAGCAUUAUGGCUUUAGAAAGGCCAACAGCGUG